AUGGGUUCCAGGUUAAGAACUUCUACUCUGAAGAGUUCUCUCCCCAGGAUUUCGUUACUUCUCCAUGAAGACAGGACUCAGGGAUUGAAGGGUGCCGGAGGCACGGAAACAACGCGUGAUUUUGGAGGUGGUGGAGGGAAGGGUGGGAGGAAUGCCGGCACCAGUAUCAUGAACGGAAGAGGCGCUGCUUGGGAUAAAUGCCCAAGACCAGUGGGAACAGCUAGGACCUCGGCGGGCUCCCUUGUGGCUUCGAGGGGACGUCGGAGCCAGGAGUCCCCGCCAGGAGUUAGACGACACCGGCGUGUGAGGGGCGAGGCGGAAUACCAUGCAGGUGGGAGUCGCGGCUUCCGGGGAGCCUGGACACCCCAGCGGGGUCCCUGGGAGAACGCCGUUUUUUCAACACUCAAGAAAGACUUCCGCUUGUCGCUGGAGGAAGCCUUUGGAUUGCGUUUCACACCUAUAUCCUGGAAAUCUUACUGCUGCGCUAUUUCUGACUUAAGAAAUAGACCAUCAGCUUUAGCCCAAGUUGCUAGUAAAUACCUGGAAGAAAUAGCAAAUCCUCGUGCAGGAAGACAUCUUUAUGUUAGAAUUCAUGGAGAUAAGUUUUCAAGGACAUCAAGCAGAAAUCAGUCAAAAGUAACCAAGCACACAAGGGAACAGGGCACUAUGAGCAUGAACCAACAAAAACAGACUUGCAGAGACUUCAGUUAUCUGAAUGAUCAGAAACAGGAUCCAAAUGAAGAUACAGAGUGGAAUGAAAUUUUAAGAGAUUUUGGCAUUCUUCCUCCAAAAGAAGAGCCAAAAGAUGAAAUUGAAGAAAUGGUUUUACGUUUACAGAAAGAAGCAAUGGUUAAACCAUACGAAAAGAUGACUCUUGCACAGUUGAAGGAAGCUGAAGAUGAAUUUGAUGAUGAAGAUAUGAGAGCUAUUGAAAUAUAUAGAGAAAAACGGUUACAGGAAUGGAAAGCUCUUAAGAAAAAACAAAAAUUUGGGGAAUUAAGAGAAAUUUCUGGAAAUCAGUAUGUGAAUGAAGUCACAAAUGCAGAAAAGGAUGUGUGGGUUAUAAUUCACCUAUACAGAUCAAGCAUCCCAAUGUGUUCGUUGGUUAACCAGCAUCUUAGUCUCCUAGCAAGAAAGUUUCCUGAAACUAAAUUUGUUAAAGCCAUUGUGAAUAGCUGUAUUCAACACUACCAUGACAAUUGUUUACCAACAAUUUUUGUUUAUAAAAAUGGUCAGAUAGAAGGCAAAUUCAUUGGAAUUAUAGAAUGUGGAGGGAUAAAUCUCAAGCUGGAAGAACUUGAAUGGAAGCUAGCAGAAGUUGGAGCAAUACAGACUGAUUUGGAAGAAAACCCCAAAAAAGUCAUUGUAGAUGUGAUGGUAUCUUCAAUUAGAAACACUUCUAUUUAUGAUGACACUAAUAGUUCAAACAGUGAUAAUGAUGAUACCAAAUAG